UUGACUACAAUAGCUACUAGUUGACUUUAGUAUACAAUUUAUGACAUAAGAAAAUGAAUAUCGACGAAGCAUUCCAUCAAUUGGGGAAGUGGGGACGUUAUCAAUCAGUGAUUUUUAUCAUUGUGUUUGCCGCUUCCUUACCAAAUGCUUUUACGACGAUGCAGUUCGCCAUCAACCAUUUCCAACCAAGCCAUCGAUGUAGAUUAUCUGAUGAAAUUGAAAACAUAUUGAAAAACAACUCAAACAGUGAUGAAAAUCUGCUCGACUAUUUUAUACCCAUGGAAACCGAUAAUUACGGAAAAUUAAGUAAAAGUAAAUGCCACAUGUAUCACAGAAAUUAUUCUACAGCACUCUCUCUUAUAAACCUCAAUGAAUCUGUUGACAUCAUACCAUGUACGAAUGGAUACAUAUUUGAUAUGUUGCCGAAUCAUGAUACUGCAGUUACUGAGUUUGAAAUGAUUUGCAACAAUGACUGGAAAGCACCACUAGCAAUUACAGUUUUUCAAUCGGGAAUGGCAAGUGGAUCAAUAGCUGGCAUACUUGCUGACAGGUAUGGUAGACGGCCAGUGUACUUGUUCGCCACUUUGGCUCAGAUAAUAUCCAUGGCUAUUACGGCUGCUUCUUGGGAUUUCUAUUCAUAUUUGGUUGCUGUAUAUUUUGGUGGGAUGACAGGACUUAUCAAUUACGUCGUUGCUUUUGUACUAGUGACCGAAGUUAUUUCGAUUAAGUCAAGAAAUUUCAUGGCUGUUGGUUCAAUGUAUUCAUAUUCCGUUGGAUAUGCUAUUGUUCCCUUGAUUGGAUAUUAUGCGCAAAACUGGCGUGCUUACAUAUGGGUAUCCAUGGUACUCAGUGUCUUUCUAUAUCUACCGGGCUACUGGUUUUUUCCCGAAUCACCACGUUGGCUAUCAACAGUUGGUAGAACAAAUGCUGCGAUCGCAGGACUGAACAAAAUGGCAAAGAUGAACCGAAAGAAGGUUGAUUUCGAAAGAUUGAGAAAAACACAUAUAGCUGAUUCUCGCGAAAUACCGGCAUCACCCAUGGGGCUAAUAGAGACGCUUCGCAUAAUUUUCAAAUCUGCAUUAACCUACAGAUUCCUGUCAGCUUUUUUUGCAUGGUUCGUGACAGGUCUCGUUUACUAUGCAAUAGCGUUCCACUCAAAAAGCUUCAGUGAUGAUCGCUACCUGAAUAUAUUGUAUUGCGCACUUGCUGAAAUUCCUGCAUAUGUUUGUGGUUAUUAUGCUGUUAACAUGAUCGGUCGCCCAAGAUGCACUACUUUUUUUCUGCUAACUUGCGGAGUUUUCACCAUUAUUUUGCCAUAUUUGCCUGAAGAACUAUCCCUGCUCAGAACAAUAAUUUCAAUAAUCGGGAAAGGUGCCGUAAGCGCAGUAUUUUAUAUCAUCUUCUUGAGCACGUCCGAAAUAGCCCCCACUUUACAAAGAAGUGCAUCAAUGAGCAUAGCAUCUUUCUGUUGUCGUGUUGGAGCGUUUAUCGCGCCAUUUGUAAUGUUUUUGAAUAAAAUUGAAUACUCCAUACCUUAUUGGAUAAUGGGGGGGAUAACUAUUUUGAGUGGAAUUAUUGUUAUCAUUUGCAUUCCGGAAACACUCGGAGUGAAAAUGCCAGAUACAAUCCAGCAAGCUGAGAAUAACAAAAGAUUCUAUGGUUUCAAUAUAUUUAAAAAAUUCACGCCAACUACAGACAAUAAUCGAAGGGAUGAUAAUUAUCUGAUGAAAGAAUUGGCAACUUCGUAAACGAUUGCCAUCAUGAUUUAUUUUCUUCGAACUAUUUGAGUUUGGAAAUUUGAGGACCCAGUGAUUUGGAUAAUGGCGAUAUUGUACGUCUUCUGAGGAAUAAGAAAUAAAUUUACUGGCUCAUAUUUUACACUAAUUUAUACUUUUCAUGUAAAAAUUAGAGAUAGAAAAAUACCAAACAAUAUAACGUUUGUUUACUCAUGGCUAAGAUAUGUACUUUGGUUUAAUUAUUUUUAUUAUUAAAUAUUGCAUUCAUUUCUUCAAUGACAUUAUUGACUACGAACUAGUAAAAUUUCAAUCCCUCAACUUAACAUAUGAUAUUAUGACAAUACUUUAGGCUUCCACCACCUCAAAGUUUUGAAUGCAAGAAUCUGGCUUCAGUGCCAGAAAUUAUUUCUAAUCAUCAUUUAAUCAAAUGAGAAAGUAAAAAGUGAUAUUUUAUCACUUGGUGUAAAAUUUCUACUAUUUUCUAAUGCUUAUCGAAUAAAUUUAUUCUUACCGAUAGCAUUUAAAAUAAAUGAUAUGAUUUGGCAAACAUCUUAAACAUAUAAGUUUGAGAACCAAUAGCCCGUCUAUCAUGUGUCCGACUUGGGAGUAUUUUUGUUUGAACAAUUCCGCUAUUAACCCUACUUGACGAUUUUUUUAAGUAAACAAAUUACUUUCAUUGUCGAACUAAAGUAUAUACCUCCAAGCUAUAGCAUUUUUUAAUUGAAAAAUAAUUCGAUAAUUUAUAUCCAACACGCACUCAUGGCGAUGCACCACUUUGAGAUAGUGAACAACUAAAAUAUAUUAUUAGCGCAUACUCAGGUCCAAGUGUAAAACGGAAAAAUUCAGCUAGCUCGGGAAGAUCAUUAGAAUGAAAAUUGGGAAUUACUUUUCAUCCUUUUUUUUGACAGUGGUUAUUUGGCAAAUUUUGAAAAAUAAAGAAAGAAUAGACUGAAACGAAUUUUGUUCCUCCUAACUAAUUUGUUAGUUGUUGCUGACUAAUUUGGUUAUAUAUUGGACUCUUAAAUCUAGAUUCUAGCUAGAUGAUAUAAAAAUAUAUAAAUCAGAAGA